UCAAAACCGCGGGAAAAGCAAUUUAAGGGUGGGCGAGCAGCGUGAGGUCAUCGGAGCGCGACGUUUGCCCUACAGCCGGAGCCGGCGCGUCGUUGACGUCGUCAUCGCGCGACCGGUUUUCAGGAGCCGGGAAUCGAAGGUGUCGAGUUGGUCAUAAUGGCAAGUGAAGAAAUUAAUGAAGACUAUCCAGUAGAAAUUCAUGAGUACUUGUCAACAUUUGAGAAUUCCAUAGGUGCUGUAGAUGAGAUGCUGAAGACCUUGAUGUCUGUUUCAAGAAAUGAGUUGUUGCAGAAGUUGGACCCACUUGAGCAAGCUAAAGUGGAUUUGGUUUCUGCAUAUACAUUAAAUUCAAUGUUUUGGGUUUAUUUGGCUACUCAAGGAGUCAAUCCAAAAGAGCAUCCAGUAAAGCAGGAAUUGGAAAGAAUCAGAGUAUACAUGAAUCGAGUCAAGGAAAUAACAGAAAAGAAAAAGGCUGGCAAGCUGGAUAAGGGUGCAGCUUCAAGGUUUGUGAAGAACGCCCUGUGGGAGCCGAAACCUAAACACACUGUGAAGGUUGCCAAUAAAGGGAAAAGUAAAACUUAACUUUCGGUUUUGAUGUGCACAUACUCAAAAAGUACAUCAUUUUUAUUGUUUCCAAAACAUAGAUGAUUAUAUGGCAAUGAGAGCUUUAAAUUUAUUCUUUUUUGAGUUCAUAAUUAAAUUUACACUUUAAAUUUGUAGUGCUAAGUGACCCCUCUUCCCCCCACAAAGACUGACUUGUCUUUACUGAUUUUCCUAUGGAGCACCAUGAGGUUUUUAACAUUGUGAUAUGUCUUAUAUUUGUACCAUCUCUUUUGGCAAGAUAGUUACUUCUUUAUGUAGGUCAAUUGUUUUGAUCUUUUUUUUUUGAGACAGGGUUUCACUGUUUAAUUCUGGCUGGCUUCGAACUUACUGUGUGGCCUAGGCUGGCCUAGAACUUGUGGCAAUUGUCCUGCCUCAGCCUCCUGAGUGCUGGGAUUUACAGGCGUGUGCCACCACACCUGGCCUGAAUAGGUCAGUCUUGCAAGUACCAUUUUGUAAGCAACUGUAAUUGAAGUUAAAUGUUUUUUGUAAACAUUUGUACUAUUUUAAAUGAAUAAUAACCUUAUAAAGUGUGUUAUAUAGACUAAAAUUUUAAGUACAUGUGUUUUUUACUGUAUAUUAAGAAUGAAAUGGCUUAAAUACCUACUUUUCUCUAUGUAGUUAAUUCAUCAUUAAUUUUCAUUGUUGCAGAAGUUACUGCUUUUUUAGUAAAGUAUGUAAUUAAAACUUUAGAAUUUAAUUCUUGGUAUAUUGCCUCAGUGUCUAUUUAAAAUAAAAUGUAUUCUUACUAACUUUGGGUGGGAAGUGAAGUUGUAUGUUGAUGGCUGGAUGUUACUCUGAUGGCUGUGCCGUGUUAAUAAAGACUGUAGACAUUG